AUGGCUCGGUGGUUCCUCUCUUUCGUUGCCGGAAGCGCCCUCGCGGCGGCUUCUGGCCUUCCCAUGAAGCUCGAGACAAGGAGCGCAGUCACCUCCCGCGUGUCCAAUAUUCACAUCACUCUCGAAGAGCCCAUUGAAGAGGCCGUCACAUUCACCUACGGUUCAUGUCGAGGUGCCUCCAUGGGCGAUGCUCACCACACCAUCGUCAAGUCAGAGGUGCGCGACUCUCAGCGUCUCGUCUGGGUUCUGCCCGAGGAUGCUGCCACUGAUGGAUGCAUCUCCGCGUGGGGUGUUUCUGGCGAGUUGAAGGGCAGAAGUGAGCCACAGACUCUGCACCACAAGUGGAAGCGUCGGGCUCUGAAGAGAUCUAUUGAGAUGAACAACGGCACCGGCAUUGACACGCUCGGAGCCUGGUUCGAGGGUGUCAACCUCCUCAAGGAUAAGGAGCCUACUACAGUGGAUGUCGAUGCUGCCAAGUCUAAGCACGUUGCUAUCGUCGGCGCCGGUAUGGCUGGUCUGAUGAGCUACCUCGUCCUCUCACAAGCCGGCAUGACCAACAUCAGCAUCAUUGAGGCCGGCCAGCGUCUGGGAGGCCGUGUUCAUACCGAGUACCUCAGUGGUGGCCCCUUCGACUACUCCUACCAGGAGAUGGGUCCCAUGCGCUUCCCCGAGCACUACGUCGACCCCAAGACCAACACCACCUACAACAUUACUGAUCACCAGCUCGUCUUCCAGCUUGCCGCGGAGAUGAACGAGCUCAACAAGCACGACAAGAACCUCAGCGUCGACUUCAUCCCCUGGAUCCAGAGCAACCAGAACGGUCUCUCUUACAAAAACGGUAUCAAGCUUCCCAACGGUCUGCCUCCUACUUUGGCUCAGAUCGCCGCCAACUCUUCGCUGGCUGUCGCCACUGUUUACGAUGAGUCUACCAACACCCUCAACGAGAAGGUCGACGAGUAUCUUCCUGGCAGUGACUUCUCUGUCCGCAUGGCCCAAAACAUGUUCAAGGCUCACCGCGAAUUCCUCGACUCUGGUCUUCAGGGCCUUGGUGGCGAUGUCUGGUCCGAGUAUGCCUUCAUGGUGAACUACCUGAAGGGCUCCCUCAACUCGACGGAUGCCUUGGGCAGCUACACCGCCACCUCGUUCUGGGACACCCUAUACGAGGGCAUGUACUUCCAGGCUGCGUCCUACAAGACCAUCGACGGUGGUCUCAGCCGUCUGCCGUUGGCAUUCCACCCUCUCGUUGACGACAUCACUACCAUGGACCGCAAGAUCGAGCGCGUGCAGUUCGACUCGGAGAACCUCAAGGUCAACCUCCAAUGGCGUGAGUCCUUCAAGAACCAGACCUUUGAGACCUCUGAGUACGACUACGCCCUGCUGGCUGUCCCCUUCUCCAUCAUCCGCAAGUGGCGCCUCCCAUCCCUGCCUUUGACCAUCUCCAACGCCAUUAAGGAGCUCCCCUACACCAGCGCCUGCAAGGUCGCCCUCGAGUUCUCUGAGCGCUUCUGGGAGCACUACGAAAACCCCAUCGUCGGCGGUUGCAGUACCACUUCUGACAUUGCUGGCAUUGGUUCCACGUGCUACCCCUCGUACAACAUCAAUGGUACCGGCAAGGCCACCAUGUUGGCCUCGUACAUCUCGGGCGACUGGGGCCACCGCUGGGCUUCCGUCUCUGAGGAGGAGCAUGUCCAGUACGUGCUCGACGCCAUGGUUGAGAUCCACGGCGAGAACACCCGUGAGCUGUACACGGGCAAGUACAACCGCCGCUGCUGGGUUCUCGACCCUCUCGAGAGCGGUAGCUGGGUCAGCCCCGUUGCUGGUCAGCAUCAGCUUUACAUCCCCGAGUACUUCAAGACGUACGAUAACAUGAUCUUCAUUGGCGAGCACACCUCCUAUACUCACGCUUGGAUCGCCUCUGCUCUCGACUCUGGAAUCCGCGGUUCCGUCCAGCUACUCCUCGAGCUUGGUCUCGUUGAUGAGGCCAAGGCUGCCGUCAACAAGUGGAUGGCUAGAUGGAUCGAUAUCUGA